AUGAGCUCACUAAACUACUCCUCCCUUGCUAAUGAAGAGGUGGUCGGCUCUGUGAGAGGAGGAGCAGAGAAGAAAGGAGCAGAUUUGACACAUCAAAGAGAAAGACCAGACUCAGAGGAACCAGAGCCAGGGACGUCCAAACCAGCAAGACGACACCAGUGCUCCCACUGUGGAAAGGGUUGUAACCGGUUAUGGGACGUGAAACAACAUGAGAAAAUACACACAGGGGAGAAGACUUACCACUGCUCCCAGUGUGGAAAGAGUUUUAACCAGAAAGCACACCUGAAAGCUCAUGAGAGAAUACACACAGGGGAGAAGCCUUACCACUGCUCCCAGUGUGGAAAGUGUUUCAACCGGCCAGGGCAUCUGAAACUGCACGAGAGAAUACACACAGGGGAGAAGCCUUAUCACUGCUCCCGGUGUGGAAAUAGUUUUAACAAUUUAGGGAAACUGAAACGGCAUGAGAGAAUACACACAGGGAAGAAGCCUUAUCACUGCUCCCAGUGUGGAAAGAGUUUUAUCGGUUUAGGGAAGCUGAAACGACAUGAGAGAAUACACACAGGGGAGAAGCCUUACCACUUCUCCCAGUGUGGAAAGUGUUUUAAUGAGAACUCAAACCUGAAAGUUCAUGAGAGAAUACACACAGGGGAGAAGCCUUACCACUGCUCCCAGUGUGGAAAGAGUUUUAACAAUUUAGGGACCCUGAAACAACAUGAGAGAAUACACACAGGGGAGAAGCCUUGCCAUUGCUCCCAGUGUGGAAAGAGUUUUAACAAUUUAGGGAACCUAAAACAACAUGAGAGAAUACACACAGGGGAGAGGCCUUACCACUGCUCCCAGUGUGGAAAGUGUUUCAUCCGGUCAAAGGAGCUGAAAAGACAUGAGAGAAUACACACAGGAGAGAAGCCUUAUCACUGCUCCCAGUGUGGAAAGAGUUUUAACAAUUUAGGGAACCUGAAACAUCAUGAGAAAAUACACACAGGUGAGAAGCCUUACCACUGCUCCCAGUGUGGAAAGUGUUUCAACCGGUCAGGGGGGCUGAAACGACACGAGAGAAUACACACAGGGGAGAAGCCUUUCCACUCCUCCCAGGGUGCAAAGCUUUUGCCCAUUUAGGAAGCCUGAAAGAACACAUGAGACUGCACACAGAGGAGAAUGCUUACAAAAGGCCAGACUGUGAGAAAACAUAUUACUCAGAACAGUCACUUAAACGUCUUUAGAGAAUCCACACAGGAGAGAGAAAUGACUUCUCUUAGCGUGUAUAUUGAUAUUUCACAUCACAUUGACUUAAAAUUCAUCAGAGAACACACACAGUGCUCCCGUUGUCUUAUAUUGUACACUGACAAUGUGUUUACCUGUUUUUACCAUAUUAAAUUGUUUCUUCCAAUUAUUGAUAAACAUAUACCUGUUAAGAAACUGACUGUUAGAACUGUUAAGGCUCCAUGGAUUGAUGAGGAAUUUAAAAACUGUAUGGUCAUUGGUAAAAAUAGGAAAGAGUUUUAACCAGAAAGGACACCUGAACCAACAUGGGAAAAUACACACAGGGGAGAAGCCUUAACACUGCUUAACACUGCGAUUUGGUUGGGUUGUGUAUCGGAGGACGCAUGACUUUGACCUUCGUCUCUCCCGAGCCCGUACGGGAGUUGUAGCGAUGAGACAAGAUUGUAGCUACUAACAAUUAGAUACCACGAUAUUGGGGAGAAAAAGGGAGGUAAAAUUAAACAUUUUAAAAAUUAAAACACAUGAGACUCCACACAGGGGAGAAGCUUUACCACUGCUCCCAGUGUGCAAAGCGUUUGCCCAUUUAGGAAGCCUGAAAGAAUACAUGAGAAGGCUUACUAAAUACUCAGACUGUGGGAAAACAUAUUACUCAUCACAGUCACUUCAACGUCAUAAGAGAAUCCACACAAAAGAGAAGAAUUACUUGUAAUAUUGAUAUUUCACAUCACAUUGACUUAAAAUGAAUCAGAGAACAUACACAGUGCUCCUGUUGUCUUAUAUUGUUGACUAAGAAUGUGUUUACUUGUUUUUACCAGAUGGAAGUGAAUUGUACAAAGUAUACUUAAACAUAUAGUUGUUUGUUUCUAUUAGAAAACAUGAAUUGAAUAUGGAGUCUGUCAGUUUGAAUAUAGAGUAGAUCAGAU